AUGGCUUCAGAGAACUCUACAGCCGGCCAUGGUAUUCAACUUAUAACACCCGGCAGUGGACCAAAGAGAGUCAAUUUCAUAUUUAUUCAUGACUUCAACGAGGAAACGGCUACAGCGUGGACAUUUUCAGAGUCUGGGACGUUUUGGCCGCUGUGGCUGUCAAGGCACCAUUGUCCACAAUCUCGGCUCUGGUCAUAUAAUUACAACGCCUCGCUUGGAGACGCGAGCGAUUUUGGAACGCAGGCGGCGCUCCUCACUGAUGUGAUCGCCAACAUUGUAGAGGACAGCAAUAGUGGCAUCACCGUUAUCCUCGUUGCCCGCGGCCUCGGGGGUCUUCUUGCGCAAUACGCAUGUAUCAUGGCUGACACGAGGGAAGAAUUGCGCGACAUUCACUGCGAUCUGCUGACCUUUGACACUCCAUCCUUGGAGAGUCACCUGUCACCUACCACAAGCAAAUCAGCAGAAGAAUCAGACGACCAAGGCCCGGUUUCCAAGAUGAGGGGAGAGAUUGAUACUCAGUUCAAAGCUCUUCUCGAAAAACCUUACUCAGAACGGCAUACGUUUUAUUUUCACAACGCAUUAAAGAGCACAUCCAUCGCUGGCGGGCAAAUUGGAGAAGAUGUCGCCGAUCAGGAGGAUGUCAGCAAAAAACAGGACGAGAAACCAACUGUCAAUACUUUGAAAACAAACGUGCUUGACAAUAAUGUCACGGAGCCUUUAGCUACGCAGCUUAGAAAUGAGAACGACCCAGUCUUUAUAGACUGUCUUCAGAUCUUACUAAGCUACCUUGGUACAGCUUCGACAAUGGAAAACAUCAUGGUGGAGAAAAAGAGUGGCCUGGAUUGGUUUGGGUAG